AUGGCCGUGGACUGGCUCGGCUUUGGCUACGCUGCCCUGGUGGCAUCAGGAGGGCUCAUUGGCUAUGCAAAAGCAGGUAGUGUCCCAUCACUAGCUGCUGGCCUUUUCUUUGGGAGUUUGGCUGGACUGGGUGCCUAUCAGCUCUCACAGAAUCCAAAUAAUAUUUGGAUUUCUUUGAUUACAUCUGGAACAUUGACUGCCGUCAUGGGAACAAGAUUUUACAACUCUGGAAAAUUCAUGCCUGCAGGGCUAAUUGCUGGUCUAAUGGUUGGAAGAUUAGCACUGAAGAUGGCGGAAAAGCCCCACGAUAAGUAA